AUGACGACUCCGACUUUGAUCAACCUCCCACCCCCUCCCUCUGAUCCAGUGACCCCGUCAGAUAUGGGACCUGGAACCCCAAAUUCUGGCACAACAUCGCUCUCAGCUUUGUCAACCACCGCCAUCAAAGACGGCCAUACAGGCCAUCCACUGCCACAUGGUCGCCAUGCCCACCACGCAUCUUCUGCAUCAACGAAUUCUACCACAACUCUGGAGGCAGAGCGAGCCGACCGCAUUUCGCGUCUGGCGGGGCUGGAACGGGUGGUAGCCGCCCGGACUAGUGGAGGGUCACAGUCGAACACCACAGUUCCGAUGUCGCAUACCCCAGGCUAUUUUGAUACCAGCUCCACAUUGAAGGAGAGAAGCACCGUGGGUAGCGCCAGCGCUACGGGCAGCGUGGGCGCUCGUACAACAUGGGCGAGCGGCAGUGAUGCGUUUGACGCCGACAAGAUGAGCGAGGAGCCGGACGAUGGAACUUCUAGCGUUGGUAAUCUCAGUGAUGAAGGCGACGCUAGCCUCGUCGGGUUUGGAGAGGGUGCUAGCACUAUCAGCGGGCCGAUUUCACAUCCAAAUCUGAACCGGACAUCAUCGGCAGGUCGGCCAAGUUCUUUAGGUAGCCCUAGUAUUACCCGCGCCAAUUUAAUGCCUUCAACAUCAUCUCAACACUCCGGUGACGGCGGAAUGAUACCAGUGGCAUUGUCGCCAACUGGAUCAACCACACCCGAACCAGUGCAGGACGCUCGAAUGGUCGAUGGGAUGACUUAUGACCCGGAUGUGGUUGAUACCACUGUGAGAACUCCUCGGCUUGCCACUCCUCUAGGUCGAGAUGAUUCUAGUAACCUUUAGGGAGAUA